GCGGCUUUUGAUUUCGGCCUUCAAAUGCCCCCAUUGCCGCCCAUGUUGUGCCCCUCGCCAGGUCUAGUCAGAUCCAGUUGCAAAGAUAUUACCUGGUUGUUGCUAUAAAACCAGGGUUGGAGUCGGGGUAUCCUUACGAGUUCGAUUUUUAGAUUAGUGAAAGGUGGCAGGAGAGAUCUGAGCGAGCUAGCCCUGCUGCCUGAACGGAACGGAUUUGCUAGAUAUUGACUGCUUGGCGAUUACCUGCAAUCUGAUCUGAACGGAAGAACAAGCAGGAUUUAUGAGUUUUCGGAGAUGAACGGGAGUUUCUAUUGACGUUGAUAUGGGUCCCCGAAAUAUUUUUCAUCGUGGCAAUCGGAGUCUGUGGAAAUUGGAGACCUUCUUCUUUAAACAAAGUUGAAUUUUUUUAAUGUGUUUCAUACUUCGAACUCAAUAUCGCGGUGUCGAAUUAGAAGCUUACAGGUCGAAAUCGAGCAGUUUGGAGUUUGACCAGAGCCUGAGUGCAAAGCUGGCUUUCGAAAGCUCAGUGAAUUGGAUCCUGAACUCAAGCACAAGGGGGUAGAGAAAGCGUUACGUAGAAGGACUUAAACGUUGUCGUUGUACCACAGAGGCUGCUCACAAUCCGGUUCUCUGGUUUUGUUGAUGCAAGCCAUGGUUCCCUAUGAAGCGGAAGUAUUUGAUGGUUACCUGGAGCCGGAUCCCUCCGAUUCCGGUCAGUUCUUCAGCACUGAGGCAGAAAGCUCCGCUACGAGCUUACUACUCGUUUCUCCGUCAGUCUCAGCAAUGCUCGGUGCACCUGACCCAAAUUUCAUGCGCAGCCCAACACAGGUGACCGGAAAUUUUGUGUCUGAUCCGGAACUGCAGGGAUUCGACCAGUUUGAAAUCGAGAGCCUUGACUGGGCUCAGUAUCUCCAUGAUCACAUGGAGAUGGAAUUCGAAGUCAACCUGUUCGAUGUGGACCCAGCCUGGAUAGAGAACACGUAUCAGAUAAGUGACAAUCCUCUGUCUCGCAAUACACAUCAGGCACAAUUGAUGUUAGCAGGCGACUCUCCAACGACGGAAGGUGGUACUCUUGACACUGAAGAUCUUCUACCCGACUCCGAAACGGAGUUUGAUCAAGUUCAGGAAGCAUCGAUCAUCUCUGAAGCAUGCAGUUCGACAUCCACCUCCCGAUCCAGGUGGCCAAAGGUCUUGUGGCUUGUCAGCGCUUGCAACAUCAUGUCAUCAACCACCUUAAGACCCAAGGUUCCACAAGAAUUACCAACAACUGGGAUGAUUAAGGGGGUCGUGAAGAAAGGCAACAAAUGGACGUGUGAGACGAGAGUCAUGAAGAAACGCCGCCAGAAGAACUCCAAAUACAGCAAAGUAUGGCUGGGAACUUACGAAACGCCUGUGCAGGCAGCUCGAGCUCUAGAUGUUGGCAAGUUCUUCUUCUGCGCCAAAAAAAACAAAAACUUCUACGAUCCCCGCUCGAAAAGCAUUCUGGAGGGAUUCUUCUCCCACCUUGUGUCGCAGCCCCUGGAAGUGCUUGUUAUCAAUGUGAAAAAACUCGCUCAGCAUUACGGUCUUUAUGGCCCCCCUGGCAUCCACAACCUCGUGAUAUGACAAAAAUCUAAACAUCUCUCCGCUUGCUCACACUCGCAUUUGUCAAGGGAAGACUUGAUCAGUCAGUCAUGCUCCGAGGACCACCCAGUGAACAAAUAUUGUAUCAUAUUUGGGAGUUGUGUCAUAUUCUGUAAAUCUUCUGUUUCAAUAGUGUUGUCUAUUGAUCAUGUGAGGAGUCUCUGAAGGAGUUGGUGGAAUCAGUGGUGGAAUUUCUCCUUCUAUGAAGAAAUAUGUAUGAAAAACAACCUGAAGGAACUUCUCAUUGUGUAAAGAAAUAAAAAGAACCUGAAGGUGGGUGUGUGUACACAUGCCGUGUAGGGGGGUUGUAUAAGUAAAGGUUAUGUUUUUGUUGUAUUGAA